GACUGGACGUCAAUUUGACCCUUUUCCCCUGGCUCGCAGGUACUAAUCUGAAGCCUUCCACAGCUAGUGGAUCUGCAUUUUACAUUCUGAAGUGUAGCAUUGAGAGAGUGAGCGGAGAGCUGUACGGAGUUGCUCGAUUUUUGGUGUAGGAAUUGAAUUUUAAGAUAUCGCGGUUGCCCACCUACACGGAAUUGCCCGAUUUUUGUUGUGGGAAUUGAAGUUGAAGAUAUCAAGGUUGCCCAUGGAUGCAUUGUGCAGUUCACCUUUGCAAGUGCUGUCUUCGUCCUCGAGCCUCGGUUCAUCGACUCCUCGUACUUUUGCGCAGGGUGGGCAGGAUUUCGUGAGCUUUUCUUCUAGCCGGAGUGGAGCUUUCGGGAGUAGCGUGCGCUCGAGUCCAAUAUGGACACCUAAUCGAAGAGAGGGGCAUGGCACUUGCGAAUGUGUUGCGGCACCAGCUGCAGAAGAGGCCCUAGCGAGGGGCUCUUCGAGUACGCUCUACAGCGUUUUGGGCGUGGAUAAUGGUGGGAGUUUGUCUGAUAUUAAGUCUGCUUACAAGCAGAUGGCGCUGAGGUACCAUCCCGAUGUAUGCCCCAUCGAUGAUCGGGAUGCGUGUACGCGAAAAUUCUUAGAGGUUCGUCACGCGUACGAGGUACUUUCCGACCCGGAGAAGCGGGCAGAGUACGAUUUCGCUUUGAUGCAUCCCUCAUUUGCGCAAGCAUUGGGGAACAGCUCGACAUCUGGGUGGGGGCGAUCUCGGCGGACACAAGGGAGUGAGGGUGUCUCUGAUGCUUGGCGGUUUCAAUGGGAGGCCCAGCUCUCAAGGCUUCGUCGUGACGGCGAUGGGGUGACCUCCCGAAGCAAUUUGAACUCGUGGGGCGCGCGGAUGCGGCGGGAGAAUGGCGAGUUUUAGAACAUUCAAAUCCCAGUUCGGGUGUUGAAAGCAAGGAAUUUCUCUAGCAUGCAGCUCGAAUGUGGACCUGUUUUUCAUUAUUGUACGAGGGACCUGUACAUAUCGAGGACGAUAGACGAAUGCUAACGUUCCAAAUCCUUCCCAGGUAUAAUCUUUACGCCCGACACACGCAAAAUCGGUGGAGUUCGUUGAUCUUGUACAUUAGAUACGGCAGGUGCACUCGAGCAUCCAGGUCAUCAGAGAGUUUGUAGAAGUUAGUUCUGUACAUUAUCAUUCAUUUUAGAUCUGCUGAAUUUGAGUGGGACAAGCCACUUGUGAGAUGUAUUAUAUUCACAAAGUAAGUUAUGCAUCGGCGAUUGAUCUGUCAUCCCGCGACAUAGUAUCACAUACCUACUUUUGUGCAGCGGGGUUCUGUUGCACUCACUGUACUAAGUGAGAAUUCAGUCAACGAAUUCAAAGCACCAAGCAUGGUUUAUGUGUUGGUGAGAAUACUGAGAUUUAUUGCACGUAAUAUAAAAGGUUUGGAGGGUAUGAAACAGAUAAGUCUUCUUAUUGAAAACUCAAUCUAUCCUCAGCAUUCUACCGAAGGCUACAUUCACUAGUGCUGGUGCCGACAGUAUUGCUAUGCCAUAAACUACUAAAUUAGUCAACAUUAUCUGCCCUUCAGUAAAGUUGCGUUCGUUGUAA